AUGCUGUAUCGGAGAGCGGCUCCGCUCAUUUCCCCAGAACCUCUCCCCAAAAUGAAAAAAGCUAGCUGCUCGACCUUAACUGUUUCCGCCAGCUUGUUGAUAGUGCUAGCAGCAACCUUUAAGGCCGGACGCCUAGUUUCACCUGAUCCUCCCGGCCGACCUCAGAACCCCACAAAACUUCGGACUUGCUUUCAGGCCGUUAUAAGUUUUUCGGACCAACUUAGGCGUCUGAAACCCUAUGUCGUGCCUGAGAGCGGCUCCGCUCUUUUCCCUUCGGAACUAUUCGGCUUUAAAGUUUAGUUCCAUCCUGUCUCUAGUGCUUCGCUCAUUUCCUCCAUCAGAACUCGAGAAAUCACCUUCUCGAAACGUCGGACUUGCUUUCAGGCGGUUAUGAGUCUUUCGGACCAACUAUGGCGUCUGAAGUCAUCUAUAACUGUCCUGAGAGCGACUCCGCUCUUUUCUUGAAUGAUAAUCCACGAUCUUCUCAAAACACUUUUGGCUUCGUCAAUCGUGUGAGAACGGCUCUGGCGAAAUUCACAGAAACUUCAAUCUGAGCCUUUGGACUUGCUUUUCAGGCGGUCAUAAGUUUUUCGGACCAACUUCGGCGUCUGAAACCCUAUGUCGGACCUGAGAGCGGCUCUGCUCUUUUCCCUUCGGAACUUUCUGUUCGGCUUUGAAGGUUAGUGCCAGCCUGUCACUAGUGCUUCGCAAGCCUUUAAAACCGAACGGCAGGUUUCCUAAUUUACAAGCAUUCCAACAAUCCCACCCUUCGGCGGCUCCGCUCAUCCCCCAUCAGACCUUGAGAAGUGUCCUUCUCCAAAAAUCGGACUUGCUUUCAGGCGGUUAUGAAUUUUUCGGACCAUUCAUGGCGUCUGACACUUUCUAUAACCGUCCUGAGAGCGGCUCUGCUCAUUUUCUCCAAUUUUCAUGGUUCUGCUCCAUAACCAAGCACGUUUAUCCUAUCAAUCUCAGCUUCAGAAAUUCGUUAGCAAAAAAGCGAUUUCGCCACUAGAAAUUCAAGUCUGACUUGCUUUCUUGUUCCACAUUAGAUUUUUAGACGAUCGGGCUUUAAAGAUCUGUGUAGGACAAGAGAGCACGUCGACAAUUUUUUCGUGCUGUUUUUUCUCACCAGUGACAGUUUUUUUGGAAACCCCGACAAACUCCAGAGCCGGACUUGCUCUCAGACCCCCGUUUCGGCAUCUCAAAUUCGGCUUUCUGUUCAGCCUUUAACCGCCGUCCUAGCUAAUUCGACUUGCUAUGCCGGGGUUCAAAGACUGGACGGCGAGCCCUUAUUUUCUUCCAACCUCAAAACAUUGUUCUCCGGCUUUUAAAAUCCCCAAAAACGAACUCAACGUUUUCGGGUUAUCAAAAGCUGCAGAGCGACUCUGCUCAAAUCACCCUAGACCGGUUCGGAUUUGCUUUUCGACCAGAAACAGAACUUUCGGAGUUGGAAAUACUUCUGAAAGAAUGUUUCUGGUCCCAAAGCGGCUCCGCUGCUUUCCCCGGAAUCGGACUUGCUUUCAGACUGUUCACUGAACAUAGAGAUCUUGUAAUGCUUCUCUUGUUCUUUGAACAGUUUGAGAGCGGCUCCGCUCAUGUCCUUUUCCAAAAUCUGUCGUCCGGUUUCAAACGACUUUGGUUAGCUUUUCUCAAUAAUUCUGAGAUUGUCCUCCCUUCCCCCCCCGCCCCCUCCCUCGUCUCUUCCCAACUUUCCUUCAAAAAAAUCAACAAAAAGUUCCCACCGGUGUUACCUUCGCACUCCCCACAGUAUAUUUCAACUGCUAGACUAGGCCAAAAAAGUUCGAAAGCAGAUUUUUUUAGCAAACCCAUGAAACAUAGUUCCGGGUUUGCUCAUAGGCUUUCCACAUGUUUGAAAAAGAAUUGACCCUUUUACAUAACAUAUGGAAAGCUUGAGAGUGGCUCUGCUCAUUUCCCUAGACAAACCUUUUUGCGAAUCACUCUAGACCGACUCGGAUUCGCUUUUCAACCAGUAACGGAACUUUCGGAGUUGGAAAUACUUCUGAAAGUUCGUUUCCGGUCUCAAAGCGGCUCCGCUGCUUUCCCCGGAAUCGGACUUGCUUUCAGACUGUUCAAUGAACAUAAAGAUCUUGUAAGGCUUCUUUUGUUUUUUGAAUAGUUUGAGAGCGGCUCCGCUCAUUGCUUUUCUCAAAAUCGGAUGUCCAGUUUUAAGCUACUUCGGUUAGCUUGCCUCAAUGAUUCCGAGAUCGUAGGCAGCUCUCUGACCUUAAAGGAGGUCUUUUGUCACAGGGUGUCUUUUGCUCAUACACCUUUCUGGCUUGCAUGACAGUUGAACACCUUGUGACAAAUACCUUCAAUUUUCUCCCCCAAGAAUGCCCCGCUAUCAUUAAGUAUUCAACCAAGGUGUUCUGUCACAAGAUGCCCAAUGGUAUGACACCGUCUGGCUUGUCAUACUAUGGUUCAUCUUGUGACAGAUUCUGGAGUUUUUAUUCUGAACUAUAUUCAAACAAGUCCUGUCCCAAUCACAUGGUACUGUGAAAUCAUCUAAUGGUCUUCAUACUGCGCGAUGGUCACAGAACUUACUGCUGAAUAUUUCUGGACCUUCUGGGGUACUGCUGCUGAAUAUUCCUGGACCUUCUGGGAUAUCGCUGCUGAAUAUUCCUGGAUCCUACCCUUAUUCUGGGAUACUACUGCUGAUUUCUCCCUGUAUUAUUUAUUCCCAAAAGACUUCUGAGUUUUCUUUUGGUAACCUCAUGAAAAGGAAUCUGCCCACAGGCUUUCCACAUGCCUAAAAAGAUUCCGGCCUUUUCCAAUCAUAUGGAAUGCUUGAGAACGGCUUCGCUCUUUCCUUCCUUGAAUACACUUCCCGGACUCGCUUUCAGGACUUUGAUUUGUCUUAAAAACAUACUCUGA